ACUCAUUCACUCUCACUUUCACCGUACCUACUCCCUUCCCUCCCCCCAUAUCGGGGACUCAACCUUUUUUUUCUGUAAUAAACGCAAUUUGGCUAGCUCUUCGGUUCCAUCGCCAUCCUCGAUCAGGUGGAAUGCAGCUUGAAGCUUCCAUUCUUUUGGAUUUGCAUGCUUUGGGGAAGUUGUUCUAAGAUUGAACUCAGAAUUGUUUUCUGCAGGCCAUGGAAAAGAACCCACAAAAAGUUUCAAAUCCAUCUGCAAAGAAGAAGACACCAUCUAAGUAUAGUAACUCUAGUGUUAGAAGAUCUUGCCGGCUUCAAAAGCUUGGCUCACCGGUCAGGUCAGAACUUGCUGCUGAGAAAAUUGAUCUUACUGCGGAGGAGACGCCACAGGCUCAGCUUAUUGACUCUGGUUACUCUGAGGAACAAGUAGGCAUCACUCCACUUGUGCAUGAAAUGGAUAAUGGUGAUGAUGAAAAACACGUUGAUGAACAAGUGAGCAUGGAAGAGAAAAUUGACUUCCUGUACCGGACAUCAAAAGAACCUAAAAAAUCUAAGGUGCAUUUUUUCUUGUAUUUAUAUUUCUCUGUUUUUUUCUAUUCUAUAAUAAAAUUACAGUACAAUUCGAACUCUCGAACAGGCAUCCAAACACCCCUUACCGAGUGGAACAACGUAUGAGGAUCUCAACUACAAAAGCUUGUAUAUCGACUCCCACAUAAAGAAUGAGGCCUUGGCAAAGGAAAACUCAAAGCUAGCCAAGGAAUUGGAUUAUGCUCUUGGGAAGAUUGAAGCUUAUGAGAAGAUGAAUGGUGUCAUUGGAAAGCAGAAGGAAAUGAUUGUUCUUACAAAUUUAGGCAAAGCUGGUGAUGGUGUCAUAAAUCUAUCUCAACUAAUGGCUGCUACACCAAACUCAUCCCUAGAGACGCCCGGAGAGAAGUGUGGUGCUGAUAAUGGCGGUGGUGGUGCCUCUAAAUCUAAGGGUACAAAAUGUUGCAAAAGAAAGAUAACUUCUUAAGAUGCUGUGUGAGGAUGUCGUUAAUUAACUUCUUUUUUUGUUAUGGAAGCACAAACUUGUAGUUGCUAUAAUAACUCUGGUAGUAUGGUAUUAGUUAUGGGAAUAGAACUAAUCAAGGCAUUUGAUGCCAGUAGCAUUAUGGGGGUUCUUCCAAAUUUUGCAAUUUCCUAGAGCUAAAGGUCAGUUUUGUAUGUUUAUAUUUUUUUUGCCAGGAAAACCCCUUCAAUUAGUUAUUCAAUGAAAAUUGUUCCAUUGA